UUUUUGCAAUAGGCUAGCUGUAGAAACGGUGUUACGAGUCACAUUGUUUUAUACAACUGUGAUAAAUUGUCAAAAAUAACACAAAUACAUGUCGAUUAGAGUGUUUGGGGAAUGUUGAUAAAAUCUGUGUUUCAUUUGGUUUGGUCAUUUACGCCCUAACUAGCCCAGCAGUUCUGGUUUUGAACGUCGAAGGGUGUGUUAUUUCGGUCGCCGUCAACACAGCUGUACCGUUAGCGAAGCAGUCGAGCUAACGCUAGCCUUCAAACUCACGUAAUUCAGAUAUUUAGCCAACUAAACUAAGAGGGAGGCGUUGAUGAGCAGCAAUGUCUGGCAUCGCUCUUAGCAGACUGUCCCAGGAGCGCAAAGCCUGGAGAAAAGACCACCCAUUUGGUUUUGUUGCUGUGCCUACUAAGAAUCCUGAUGGAACCAUGAACCUGAUGAACUGGGAGUGCGCCAUUCCAGGGAAGAAAGGAACCUUGUGGGAGGGAGGACUCUACAAACUCAGAAUGCUGUUCAAAGAUGACUACCCUUCCUCACCACCCAAAUGCAAGUUUGAGCCACCAAUAUUCCACCCAAAUGUCUACCCAUCUGGCACCGUGUGUCUGUCGAUCCUGGAGGAGGACAAAGACUGGAGGCCUGCUAUCACCAUCAAACAGAUCCUGUUGGGUAUCCAGGAGCUGCUGAAUGAGCCGAACAUUCAAGACCCAGCACAAGCAGAGGCGUACACAAUUUAUUGUCAGAACAGGAUGGACUAUGAGAAGCGGGUAAGGGCACAGGCCAAGAAGUUUGCCCCCACAUAGAGAGGAGAGCUGGCCUCUAUCCUGCCUGAGCAGCCUGAACUGAUGGAGGUUACAAACAGGAGGCAGGAAACACCUGAAGGACCACUCCAAUAAGAAUCCAGUUUUGAGUAUUAAUUAUACUGCUAAACAGGUGGCAAGUGAGCCUGUUUUUCUUUUCUUUCUUUCUAUUUUAAACAACAACAGUUCAAUAAGAUCUUUAUUUUACCUGUCUUGAAGAAAUAUUUAUGCAUUUCUAAUGCAUAGCUGAUGAUCCUAGAACUCUGCUGUCAACACGACCUUUGCUUUUUGUAACUCUUGUAUAAUCCAUAUCUCCAGUUUUGUCACGAGUGCUGCCGAGCUCGCUCGUGGCUCCAUGAAGACUGUAAAUCAUUCUAAUGUAUCGACAGAGUUGUAGAAAUAAGAUUUCAUGUCCGAACCACUCUCUCUGUGUAAUGUUCAGUCGGUUGUGGCAGAGGAGGAGAUUUCGCUUGUUCUUAAACUCCCAGUUUUUAUCCAACCCCAGAAGUAUUGUAGAUAGUGUUUCAUGAAUAUGGGCGUGAACUUGGACAAAGUUCUUGGAAGUAAAUCCUCCCACCGUGCUCCUGAUCCCAUGUUUCGUUCCUGUCACACGUCUGAGUUUCCAGAAAGGCAUCAAAAUGAUACUGGCAACACAUCAAAUUCAGGUUAAAGACAAUCCUGGCACUUGUAUAUUGGCUGGAAGCUGAACAGUGGCAGUUCUGUGCAGUAGGUAGGAAGUGGUGCUCGCAGAGAAGGGAAGAAUUGCUUCCACCAGUGACUUCAAAUCAUCCAUUGCAGUGGAGCUAAAGCAACUUUAGUGUUAAGAUUCUUUUUGCGAAUCCAACUGGGAGGGAAAGUAUUUGUCAGCAACAGCGAUGAGCUUCACGCACACUCAACACCAGCACGCCAUCUGCUUCCCCACACGCUUCCAUAAAGUAACACGAAGUGUCGCUGCGUGUUCGUUUGGCUUCGAGUCAUUCUACCCCACAGUGCUCACAAAACAAAUGCAAACCUGUAGAAAUCAAAAAGCCGUCAUAUCUUCAAGCGGAUCUGGCCAACAGAAGCUGAAGGAUCCUCAUUGGAAUGGCCUCUCAACCAGCAGGACGACGGAGAGAAAGUGCACUUGAGAGUAAGCGAAGGCCUGAGAUUUGUUUUGCCUCUGAAUAAAUGAGUGCAUGUACAUAAUAUAAAUAAUGAAAUACUGUGGAAGUUAUGUUUUAUAUUGUUUUAGCCAGUUGACAUUUGUGUGUGGUAUUAUAACAAAGAACACAAUAAAUGGCAUACAAUUGUGAAAUAAAGUUGACAAAGAAUAA